AUGGCAGAGCCCUACAACACGCCCAUGCCUGCAAGCACACCAGUGCCGGCAUCCACUCCGCGAUCAUCCUCCCCCUCGCCGCCCCUCCCCAGUCUUACUCCCAAUGCCUCUAUGACCACAAUCCAGCUACGACCACCGCAACAGGACCCAUCUAACCGACGUCGGCCUAUUGUACUCCAUAUCGGCGAUCCCAUCAGGUACAACCCCACGACAUAUGCCGAACUCAGUCAAGCAUUCGAGGUUAUCCGACCUAGUACCACAGAGAGGGAACGCAGCGAGUUCAAAAAGGCACUGCAGGAACGGCGAUGGGGUAACUUCAGUGCCAUAUUCAGACCAUUUUGGGGUACUGGUGGCGAGAUGGGCCGUUGGGACGCUGAACUUAUUGACUUGUUGCCGACUUCGGUCAAGGUGUUUGCCAGUGCUGGUGCAGGCUUCGACUGGGCAGAUACAAAACUUCUGGGAGAAACAGGCAUAAUCUACUGCAACUCCGGCCUCGCCGCCGCCGAAGCUGUGGCUGACUUCGCUGUCGCAAUGGUCAUCUCAACCUUUCGACACCUGCCCUGGUGCAUGGGUGCCGCAACCCUUCUAUACUUUCUCCCAGCUUCCUCUUCUCCAGACGCCACGACCGAAUCCGCGGCCUCAAUAGCCGGCAAGACCUUUCAGACAUGCCAUUUGCUCGCACCAGCUGUCUCACACAACCCGCGCAACCAUGUUCUCGGUCUCGUAGGGUUAGGUAACAUUGGCCAACAGAUUGCUGCCAAACUCGGCCCCGCGUUUGGCAUGCGGAUUGCAUAUUACGACGUCGUGCGCAAACCUGCUCCCCUGGAGUCAUCCCUCGGCGUGACCCUCUUUAUCACCACGGAUGUCCUAAGACACAUCAAGAAAGGAUCAAGAUUUGUGAACGUGGCACGGGGAAAUCUGGUCGACGAAGAAGCGCUGGCAGACGCCCUAGAGGACGGGAGGAUCAGCGCUGCGGCAUUGGAUGUGCAUACUGAGGAGCCCAGGGUCAGCCCGAGGCUGCUCAAGAUGGCUUUUGGGGAACGCGAUCUUUAUGAAAGGAGCCCCCAAGCCAGUGAAAGACCAAACUUCGACCACCCAGGAAGAGUAAUGUUGACCUGCCAUAAUGCUGGGGGAACAGUCGAGACGCAUGUUGGCUUCGAGGAGCUAAGCAUGAGGAACAUUAUGGCGGUGCUUGGAGGACAGGAGGCCAUUACCCCAGUCAACAUGCAAUAUCUGAAGACCACGGAGUGCGAGAAGGACAUAUCAGUCUACUAG